AUGGGGGACCCCUUCAUCCGCCACAUCGCCCUCCUGGGCUUCGAAAAGCGCUUCGUCCCCAGCCAGCACUACGUCUACAUGUUCCUGGUGAAGUGGCAGGACCUGUCUGAGAAGCUGGUCUACCGGCGCUUCACUGAGAUCUACGAAUUCCACAAAACCUUAAAGCAGAUGUUUCCCAUCGAGGCCGGGGACAUCACCCCGGAGAACAGGAUCAUCCCCCACCUGCCAGCCCCGAGGUGGUUUGAUGGGCAGCGGGUGGCCGAGAGCCGCCAGGGCACCCUCAGUGAAUACUGCAGCGCGCUCAUGAGCCUGCCUGUCAAGAUCUCCCGCUGCCCCCACUUCCUCAACUUCUUCAAAGUGCGUCCCGACGACCUCAAGCUCCCCGCGGACAGCCAGGUGAAAAAGCCCGAGACAUACCUGAUGGCCAGAGAUGGCAAGAAUAACAUUGCAGACAUCACAGGCCCCAUCAUCCUGCAGACGUACCGCGCCAUCGCCAGCUACGAGAAGAACUCACGUUCCGAGAUGACUCUGGCCACGGGCGACGUGGUGGAUGUCGUGGAGAAGAACGAGAAUGGCUGGUGGUUCUGCCAAAUGAAGACAAAGCGUGGCUGGGUUCCGGCAUCCUACUUGGAGCCCCUGGACAGUCCUGAUGAAUCAGAGGAUCCAGAGCCCAACUAUGAAGGUGAGCCCUACGUCACCAUCAAAUCCUACACUGCCCUCUUGGAGGACGAGGUGUCCUUGGAGCAGGGGGAGACCAUCGAGGUCAUUCAUAAGCUCCUGGAUGGCUGGUGGGUCGUCAGGAAAGAAGACAUCACAGGUUACUUCCCAUCCAUGUACCUGCAGAAGGCAGGACAGGACGUAGCCGAGGCCCAAAGCAAGAUCAAGAGCCGUGGAGCACCGCCCCGGAGGUCCUCCAUCCACAACGCGCACAGCAUCCACCAGCGGUCGCGGAAGCGCAUCAGCCAGGACGCCUAUCGGCGCAAUAGCGUUCGUUUUCUGCAGCAGCGCCAGCGUCAGCCGCGCCCAGGGCCUCAGAGAGCGGGGAAUCCAUUGCAAAAGGAGCAGCCCAAGACCGAGCGCCCCAAGCCGCAACCAGCCGUGCCCCCGAGGCCCAGCGCCGACCUCAUCCUGCACCGCUGCAGCGAGAGCACCAAGCGGAAGCUGGCAUCCGCUGUCUGA